GUGAAUGAUUUCUUUUUAGGGAAUCAAAAAACCUUUUACUGAAGUAAUUAAAGCCAACAUUGGAGAUGCACAUGCAAUGGGACAGAGGCCCAUCACCUUCCUUCGUCAGGUAGUGGCGCUGUGUACUUACCCAAACCUGCUGGACAGCCCCAGUUUUCCAGAAGAUGCCAAAAAGCGAGCGAGGCGGAUCUUGCAGGGCUGUGGAGGAAACAGCUUAGGAUCUUACACUGCCAGUCAAGGUAUAAAUUGCAUCCGUGAAGAUGUUGCUUCAUAUAUUGAAAGAAGAGAUGGAGGAGUUCCUGCAGAUCCAGAUAACAUAUAUCUUACCACUGGGGCAAGCGAUGGUAUUACUUCAAUUUUAAAGAUCCUGGUCUCAGGUGGUGGGAAAUCCCGAACAGGAGUGAUGAUCCCUAUACCACAAUAUCCCUUAUAUUCAGCGGCCAUAUUUGACCUAGAUGCCAUCCAGGUGAACUACUACUUGAAUGAAGAAAAAUGCUGGGCACUAGAUGUGAAUGAACUUCGCCGUGCCUUGAAUGAAGCUAAGACAUAUUGCAAUCCAAAAGUCCUCUGUAUAAUCAACCCAGGAAAUCCCACAGGACAAGUGCAAAACAGGAAGUGCAUUGAAGAUGUAAUACACUUUGCUUGGGAAGAGAAACUUUUUCUUCUGGCUGAUGAGGUUUACCAGGACAAUGUGUACUCUGAAGGAUGCCAGUUUCAUUCUUUCAAAAAGAUUCUGUAUGAGAUGGGGCCCGAGUACUACAACAAUGUUGAGCUAGCUUCUUUUCACUCCACCUCCAAGGGCUACAUGGGCGAAUGUGGCUACAGAGGAGGUUAUAUGGAGGUCAUUAACUUGCAUCCAGCAAUUAAAGGACAGCUCGUUAAACUUCUUUCUGUUCGUCUUUGUCCUCCGGUCUCAGGACAAGCAGCAAUGGAUGUUGUAGUGAAUCCUCCAGUACCUGGAGAAGAGUCUUAUUCACAGUUCAUAAAGGAAAAGGAGUCUGUCUUGAACAAUCUUGCCCAAAAGGCUAAAAUAACAGAAGACAUGCUCAACAAGAUACCUGGAAUUCACUGCAAUCCCCUUCAAGGAGCUAUGUAUGCUUUCCCACAGAUCUUUAUCCCUUCCAAAGCCAUUGAGGAAGCAAAGGCUCAUAAAACGGCACCUGACAUGUUAUAUUGCAUGAAACUUCUAGAAGAGACUGGAAUCUGUGCUGUGCCUGGAAGUGGAUUUGGGCAAAGGGAAGGAAGCUACCAUUUCAGAAUAACCAUUCUUCCUCCAGUAGAAAAACUGAAGAUCUUAUUGGAGAAAGUGAAAGACUUCCACAUAAAGUUUCUUGAAAAAUACGCUUGAAAGUGCUGUGGCUUUUUCCUACCAUCCCCUUCCCUUGAAGGUGAAUGCAGAAAAUGAACAAAGAUGUACUGAGAAUGUGCUGUUCAUGUAAUUUAACUCAGUUCAAAAUAGAUAGAACCUAUCUCAGAUACUGCUACAAGUUACUGGACAAUUAAGUUUAAUGUCUGAUAUAGAAGACAUUGUUACACCUUUCUUUUUUAAGGGAAAGGGGAGAAUGUGAAGAAAGCGGUGGAAGAGAUAGUAAAUGAUUUUGUGCCUUGAC